AUGGAGUAUGACUUCGUUCAAUAUUACAAUCUUUUCACCGAUAGCUUGGCUCAACUAAAUCGACUCGUGACUACGCCUAAUUCAAUCAGAGCUUUCUGUAACAGUUACCUUACGUGGUUGAAGUCUAAUUCGGGAGUAGCAAUAACAGGAACAUGUGCCAAAUUUUUCGAAACAAGAAAAGUGCAUAAGCGAUCUGUUUCCAUCCACAGCACUUCUGAGGAUGUGGUAUGCCUUAACGCAAAAUCCGAUAUCUUCCAAGCCCAUUUGCAACCAGAGUCUGUUCCGCCUAAUCUUCCGCCUGCACCCAAAACUCCACCUCAAAAUUUCAGAGACUUAACGCCAUUAAUGUCAACUUCUAAUAAGCGACCAUACGAGAAGGAAGAACUUCAGCUGUUUAUCCAAGACAUCUCCAUAGUAUGUGCAUUUGGGGAGACGAUUGAGGAGUUGUCAUCAGAAAUUGGAGAGGAACUUGCUGUGGAGGCAUCCUCUAUGCGUGAUAUUAAUCCUGCCGUAUGGACACCUGCCUUGGAGAAGUAUCUUGAUACUAUCUUCGAAGAAACAAUGGAUAAUUUCCAAACUAAAGUCCGGACUAAAUUGUCGGAGGAUGGAGAUGAGCUUUUUAGACUCUAUUGCGAAAAAGUUCUCAUUGAAUUUUACUACCUCAUAGAUGUCGAUCCCACAAUGAGCAGAAAAAUAGGAGAACGAAAACACAUAGUAUAUCAGGUCUCCUCUUUAUUUAAAUAUUACGAAAGAACUUUUCUUAACCUUGAAUUCGAUUGGAUCGAAUCACAAGCUCGCGCCGCAAAAAUAAUGAAGUCUUCAACCAAUUCUGGGAUUGUGCGAGUGGAUGUUAAGGCAAUAAGAUCCUAUGAUGGAUUAGAUGUUUGGCACAUGGAAGUUGCAGGCACUCCUUAUAAUGCGAGCGAGAAGCGUACUUUAGGUGACUCGAAGAAAACCCUCCGAACCGAUAUUUUGAAUUUAAUCGCGAUAUUACGGGACCAUCUCGAUUGCGAAUUGGAACUUGCAAUGAAGCUUAGGGUGUUUAGCACCCAGUCAAUAAACAAUCGACUUACUCUUUAUGCUCUCAGCAUGCUUCCUGACGGACGUUUCCUCGUAACGGAGCUCGCUACGGCCACCAUACCUUUCAGUUUUAACGCCCGGAGCCAAUAUAAAGCUGUCCUUAGGAUGAUGGCCAUCUUCCACGAUGAAAUGAUAAAGCAGGAGGCACUGAUGGAAAAAAUUAAUCGAUCUGUACUUAGGACUAAAAAAACGAAGACGGUGGAUAAUGCCUGGAAGUGUGACCUUCUCAACACAAUCCUAUUUACUGGUUUAACUCUUAGAAGUAGGCAGAUGGUAAUCUUUUCAUUCUGUUAUUGGUUUAACCCUCAGGCAGAUGGUGGUGAACUUUCUGUUUGUAGAAGUAGGCAGAUGGCAAAUGGUGGUGAACUUUCUGUUUGUAGAAGUGAUCAGUUGGCAGAAGUGCAAUUGGCAGAAGUACAAGUAGAAAGAUUUCAUUUAACUCUUAGGUGGUGA